CGGAGCCAGGCAGCCAGUGAGUGUGUAUACCAAGAAUCUAAAAUGAAAAGAUCGAGACCAGUAGGAUAUUCAAGGGUAUACCACGAGAGAAGGUUGCAAAACUAUUUUACACCAUGGCAAAAUCAGACCAUUCAGUCUUAAGCACUAUGAAAAGGUUUGUUACUUUUUAGUUCUAAAUAGAAAUAGCGAGAUGCAGUGCUAAGCUAAGCUUGGAUUGCCCCUACGGUGCUAUUUAUUGUUCCGCAGAAUAACAUAUAUGAAUUUUGAUUUCUAUAGAACGUUGCAUUUCAGUUUUUCCCGCAGGUGCUAUCCGGAGACAAUAACGGGACAAGGGAAACAUAUACUGCUUUGAAACUGAUGCUGGCCAGCUCUGGAUGAGUUUUCGCACGUCCUUAGCAGCAUGGACAUGCAACAACAGGCUAAUCUCUCGGAAAAUAGUAACUGUUGCAACAUUGUGUUUUUUUGCGUACCUAUACUGGAUCCACCAUCAUUACAGAGUUCACAUCGCGUCACGGAAGCUACACGCGAGGAUAAUGAACAACGACACGCGCGACAACGCGCGUUACGCGGACUUUCUCGAGACAUGGUGUCGCUUAAAGCGAAUGCGAAUGGACUGGAAACAAGUUUUACGACCAUGCGCAGAAAACAUGGAAUGGGGCAAGAAUAAGGGCUUUCAACAUUCCCAAAGCAGGACAGAUGCGGCUAAAAGCUAUCUGAUAUUGUGGGAUAUCAGACCUGCCGGGCAGUUUAGUCGAUUUGAAAUACAGUCUGUAACACGGGACAAUUUGGACAAGAAGGUUGGAGGAGACUCUUGGCGGGUUCAUGUACGAGGCCCUUCUUCCAUGUCUCCAACAGUAGUUGAUCAUGGUAAUGGAAAGUACGAAGUCAUUUUUCUUGUUUUAGAACCAGGACAAUACCACGUGGAAGUGGUUUUGGAGUAUUCACUGUGUGAUGGCUAUAAAGACCCUCCACGCGACUGGUUUAUUAAAGGGAAUGUGCAAGGUAGAUAUCAAGCACCAAAUGCUCUUCCUGGCCACGACAAACCAUUUCUAUUGAGUCCUUUAUGGGACGGUGCACCAUUUACUAUUCUUAUUCCACAUUCAACCGAGCUACUUUUUCAAAAGGUCAUCGAUAAAUUUGGCUCCGUUAAUGUACCUUGUGGAAUCAGAUGUUCUGAAAUGUGGGAUGGUAAUGGAAGAUGGAUGAAUGAAACGUGGAAACCAUAUCUCAUUAGCGAGGCACCUCAGACAAGAAACAGAAAUCCAGCUGGGAAACUAGAAACAUUAUGGAUUUACGGUGAUUCAGUCGGGGACUUUUUUUAUAAAUCCAUUAUUAGGCAGCCGCUAUGUAAAAAGAUUUUCCAAAGAUGUAACAACACUUACAACUGGGUAUACAGAAUUCCUGGCAGGAACUUGACGAGAGGAAGACUAGAAAACGACGACAAGGAUUUCAGUGUCAGGAGAGUGUUAACCGAAAUUUUUCACGUCAUUUCUCAGCCUUUCAUGGACAGCGACAAAAGUGUGUUGAUUCUCAAUCUAGGUCUGCACUACGUGCACACUAUAAACUUCACCACCUACAUGGGGCUUAUAGAUAAGACUAUAAGAUUGCUAAAUGAAAAAUUCAAGACGAACAAGAAAUCAUGGCGGUUUAGAGGACAACUUAUUUGGAAGACGACGACUGCCAUUAAUAAAGAGAAAUAUGGUGAUCCAAGAACCAAUGCUCGCCAUUCAACAAGCAUCAGAUUUUUGACCUACCAGCGUGUUCUGUUGUUUAACUCUUACGCCAUGCACGCCAUGUGCCGAGCAGGGAUCGACGUGUUAGACGUGUUUCCUAUCAGCGACUCAUAUCCUGAGGGGACUGGGCUGCCUGGAAAACCUUAUGAUGCUGUGCACUUUAAACCGCACGUGUUUCAAUCAGUAGUGAACCUGCUUCAAAGGUACUUUGGUCACCAAUAGUCACUUUGAGAAAACUUCGCAGUGUGAGAGAACUGAUAAUCAAGUGUAGCUACACAGCAUUUUGUUCUACAGUAACGGAAGUAGUGAAAGAUCUUGGAAUGACUGAACUGAACGGUGUGGAAGCCUCUGGGGGAGGAUAUCCGUAUAAAAAUGACGGGGGUGCUCGUAGUACCUUUUAGAGAUUGAAAUAGCGGUUUUGGUAGCUCUUAUAGCGUGCAGUCUCAAAAGGUCCACAGCGGGAGCUUUUGCAGAACCUUUUAGGGGAUAGGGCCAAAAAAGUAUGACAUGAUAUAAUGUGUUAGGGUGAAAAAAAUUCCAAGCAACGCCCACAAAACAGGAUCUUGGUACCUCAUGAAGCAGCUGAUUGUCAUCAGCUGCUUGUUCAAUGCAAACCAAAUAAGCGUAGGGUGCGCGGCUUGUGUCGAAAGCUAUGGUUGUCUACACCGCGAAGGGAUAUCUUGCCUGGAUAUCGAUGUAAAGAGCGUGGAUAUAUGACCCAAUUAGAAAGGAAUUUGCAAUCAACGUAACAGCUUGCUUCGGAGAGACUUCGGUCCAGGCGACCUCCUCUUGGAUUGGUUGACGCGUGCGUUCAACUGAUCAACGACGCAUUUACUCUCUUUAGAAACCAUUUGUGAACUCUGUUUACUAGCUUGCUGUCUUAUAUGAUCAUCCAUCGGCACUUACUACGAAGUUGUCAUUAAUUUAAUUUCCUUUACACGAAUUAAUUUACUCCAUAUUGGCGUAAUGUGCCUCGGCAUUUGAAAUGACAUCAGUCAAAGAGCGAGCGAGCAAGUUAAUAAAGGAGUGACUAGUUUAAAACUGGUAUAAAAACUGAAAGGAGUAAAGGUCUGGCAGAGUAAAAGCUAAUUUAUCAAACAUCAUUCAACAAAAUAUCCUAGCCGAAAUCAGCUGGCCUCGUGUAAACGUCAUAAUCAACAAAAGAAAUUCGCAACAAAAGAUCGGUUGAAUGGCAUUAUGCAAGACUCAUUGAAGGAAAACACUAAUGAAGUGUCAGUUUGCUCUUGAUUAGUUUUGCUCAAAUUAAUAACAAUCAAACGAAUAAAUGAAAAAAUACAUUAGACAACAAAAGGAAGACUUUUUACUGUUCGCGGAAACUGAGAAGAACGAGCGUAAUUAAUCCUUCUUUUGACUCGGACAAAUCCUAUUUCAAAAAUUGAUAUGAUAAGUAAACCCGGUUGAAGGGAGGAGAUGGGGUGUGGAGGGUGGAAGGAGUGUAACCCCUCGUAAUUUGUAUUAAAAUACACUUCAGAUAAAAAGAUGUGAUUUGUUUGUGACCUUUACUCUUCAGGAAGCACUGGCAUUUUUUUUUUCAAACCAUUUCAAUAUUAACCUUUUAUUAUGUGUUUUAUUUUCUGUCAGUUUUUGGUUGAAGAUCGAGUAACUAUUCAUAAAAAAAGUAUCUAAAGAACUAUUUAGCAGUUUUUAAACCAGACACUUUUUCAGCCCGGGAGAGCUUGCAGCAGCAAGUACGCGGCCUAUAUAAGUGAAUACCCACCCUCCCCUCCCCGCGAUCCUGAGGUAAUAAGCUAUGUUCGUAUCGUGGCAUUAAGAACUGUUGUUCAUCGGUAAUCAGCCGGAACAACGAUUCCGUGACUAAAGGAAUUAAGAACCUAAGGCACAUUACAUAUAAAAUGUUGUUAAUUAAUCAACAGGAGCAACAAACUGAUUGCAGAAGCAACUAAAUCUCGGUACGUUAUGAUAUACCACUUUUAUAUCUCUCCACGCUGCGUCAAUUUUAGACAGUUCCGAACUCAACUAACUUCCAUAAUAUGGUUACGAGUAAAUUUCUUUGUAUUUCCCUUGCUUUCUCAAAUUCAAACUGCUCAGCACAUCUGUGGGGACAAUCGACCGUUUUGAAAUGUUUUGGUUACAUCGCUGACUGAGACUACAAAGUUUAUCACUUUACUGAUAAUGUUCUUUUUGGAGUGUUUUCUUUUUUUCUAUCGGUUUUAUUAAAUAUUUUUUGAGGUCAUCAUUAAAAAUUUAUAAGGUCCUGGAUUGGUUUGAAAUAUAUAACAAUUGAGCAGACUCGAAAUAUGUCACAGGGCCAGCUUCCACCGAUCGCAGCCGUAGCAACGGUAUCAUAAACGAAACGGAUUGUACUGGUGAAAACAGUCUUGACCCGAGAAUAGUGUUUGUUGUGCCACAAGAUUAAUUAACCAUUUUCAAACGGAGUCAUACGGAGGUCAAGGAAUUUAAUUACUUUCAGAGACCACACGACAAUCCAGCGAAAAAU